CAAAAUUUGCGGUUUCUCUCUCUCUCUCUGGGUUACUGUAACCAGCACCACCAGUACAGUACAGAUUCCCUCCUCACGCACACAUCCCGAAACGAACUCGCUUCCCAGAUUCUAUCUCUCUCUCUCUCCGCCUCUGACUCUGUUUUCGACUUAACUUUCCCAACGAUCAAUCUUUUCAAGGUGAGCCAAAAUUCAGAAGGGUCUGAAACGGUGUGGUAAGUUAAAGUGGAGCUGAGAGAUCAGUCACUUAAAGCUGAACUUCAACACCUACUCCAUCUGUAAGCUGGUGGUGAGGUAUGAGACUUUUCUUUCACUAGGGAAAAUCUGCUGCCUUUCGAUUCUUGAAAGCUAAACCAAGAUUCGCUAUCUUCUGAACUUUGCUGGAUUCAAGCUCGCUAGCAAUUGCAAUACUGUUAUUUUGUGUUACUCUGUUACCGUUUUGAUGAUUUCCUUCGAUUCUGUGGGGUGUUUUCUGGCAGUAGAGACCAUGAAACCCUGCAAACUUGGGGCUUACUAAAACCCUAACCGAUUUGUUUAUUGAUAUUGCAUCGGAAAAAAGGGGUUCUUCUACACCAACGCUCUCAAGGCACUCUGAAUCCACUUUGCUAAUUGUUUUCUUUCGUUAACUAACUUCAUUUGAUGUUAGAAUCACAUUGAUUCAUCGUAUAUUAGAUCUCUAUAUCAGAUUUUGGUUGGGGUUACUUGGAAUCAUAUAGUUAAGAAAAUGGAAUGUGUAGCUAAAUCUUCCAAACCUCCUUCAAAUAUAUCUGAAAUAGCAUCCAAAUUCGCCAAAGUUUGUAGAUUUAGGUCCAUUGGUGUCUUCCCCUCUGAAAAUCAACUGCCCCACCACCGCCCCCUAUGUCCCAGCAAUAGGAACAAUGGACCACCAUUGGCUGAUGACUUCGGUGAUGCUACUGAGGAGGGCCAAUGUGAUGGCGAGAAAGUCUAUCCCAAAUCAGUCGAGGUACAAACCAAAAGCAAUGAAUGUGGUCAUGUCGAGAUCUGCUUCUUGUUUGACACAGUUUCAGCUCUCAAAUUGGCUUAUGUUCAGCUUCAACAAGCUCAUAUUUCAUAUGACCUGGAUGAAAUCACAGCUGCUAAUGAAGUCAUUGUCUCUCAACUGGAAACAUUGUGCAAGAUUAAGCGUGCCUACAACAAAGAGAAGCAAUUUGAAAAAUCCAAUUCAAUUUCAGCUUGUUCAGCGCUUCUGCUAGCAGAAAUUCAAGUUAGUGAGGGGCUGUUAGAGAAAUUGAAGUCCCAAAAAAAAGUGAAGGAGGCUGAGGUAGCUAGUUUGCGACAAGAAUUUCAGGAUCUGGAUUUGAAAAACAGAAAACUAGCCGAAGCGUUGAGACAGAGAGAAAAGGAGAAUGAUGGGGCCUUAAUUGUGUCUUCCUUUCGUGACAUUGUCGAAAUAGCUUUAAAGGCCAUUCAUGACUUCUCAAAGCCAUUAAUUGCCCUAAUGAAAGCUUCAGGUUGGGAUCUAGACCAGACAGCAAAUGCAAUUGAAGACUCUGUUUUGUAUUUGAAGAGGUCUCACAAGAAGUAUGUGUUUGAAGCUUACAUUGCCCGCAAAAUGUUCUAUGGGAUCUCACUCCAACCUUACAAUGUUCACAAUAUUGUGAGGUUUGAUGAACCAAUUGAUGCUUUAAUAGCAGAACCCAAUUCUAGUUUUGCCAAGUUUUGCAGAACAAAGUAUCUGUCGAUAGUUCAUCCAAAGAUGGAAGUGUCAUUCUUUGGGAAUUUGGAUCAUAGAACGUUUGUAUCUCAUGGAAAGCAUCCCAGAACACAGUUCUACCAAGCUUUUGUCAAAAUGGCAAGAUGGGUUUGGGUUCUACAGGGGACCACUUCAACUGAACCCAAAGCUGAAAUGUUUGGAGUAAAGCGAGGAAGUGAAUUCUCCGAUGCUUAUAUGGAAUACGUGGAGGAGUACAAGGAAGACAUGGGGGUAUAUGAUGAAGAGCAAUCAAGAUUCAGGGUUGAGUUUAUGGUCACGCCCGGGUUUAAAAUUGGAGAGACAUUGGUAAAGUCUCGGGUUUAUCUUUCAAAAAUGAGAUUUUCAAACAGUACAUGCUAGGAGGCGGCCCUCUGGCAAACUGGUAAUUCAGGAAAAUCCAAUCACUUUUUGGUUCUGAACAUAUGCAACGUUGCCCUUUAAGUGAAAGUUAUUAGUGCAAUUUUACCCUCAUAGCUAGCAUGGUAUGAAUCAAAGUUGUUUUUCUAAUUUAAUCUUUUGCAGAUAGCUAUGUUUGUAAGGGUGCAGCGAUGGUGUCUGUUGCCUGCUAGAUUGUAAAUAUAUCUCUCGUUAAUGAUACCUUUAUAACUAUCGCAUGGUGCUCAUAAGUUCUUAGAUGCAACUUGUUACCUUUAUUUGUGGGAUACAGGACACACAAAUAGCUUGUUAUUUGAUUAGCUUCUGUUUGAUUUGAG